GCCUCCGAAAGUUGUGUCUAUCCCUUUGCUUCCUUCCUCCGCCCAUCCGAUCCGUUGUGCGGGGAAUCGACGGGCUGAUCGCCUCGUCUGGUGCCAUGGUAGGCGACGGCUGGCGCGAGGUGGCCAGCUCUCCGGGCGCGAACUGCCGCGUGCAGGUCACGCGCCCCAGGACGCGGGUGCGGAUGGCGCUGGACACCGCGGAGCAGGCAGAGGGCGGCUUCGAGCUCCUCUCCCUGCGAGGGGCGGGGGUCAGCGGAGCGCUUCCGCUGUUCCUCGAGAUCGGCGGCUGGCCCGGCUGGUACCCUUUCUGCCGCAGCGCGAGGCUCCUGGGGGAGUGGUGCCCGCAGGAGCUCGCCCCGGGCGGCGGCGCCGCGGAGGCGGGGAGCACCGCGUGGGGGCCCAGCGGUGGCCUGUCGCACGCUGCCCUGUGGCACCUGGUCUUCCGCCUGGGCCCGCUGCUGCACAUCGACACCAUUGGCUUGGCCGUGGAGCGCCCGGGCAUGCUCGAGGAGAGGGGCGAGUUGUGGCACUACGUCUUCUCCCCUGAGGGCCCCGUGCGGUCUGGGGAGGGCGGCGCCUGUUUGGGCGUGGGCCUCCCCCCGCUGGAGAAGACGAGCGCGCUGCUCAGCCUGCGGGUGCCCCUGGCAUGGUCGAGGACAGCCUUCGAGCCGCUUUCCCGCGAGCGGGGCCUCGUCACGUUUUGCGGGGAACUUGUGAACCUGGUGCCGCCUGGGCCGUUCAAGUGGGCAAUCCGGCUCUUUUGGGGAACGAUCGCCAACCGCGCUGUGCGUGUGAUGCAGAAGCAUAUCAGCGAUUUCCGAGGACCACUGAGCGCGGAUCGGAUUGCAUUCUAUGAAGAUCUAGACUGCGCGCUCAAUUCACACACCAAUAGUGACAACAUUUGAUCAU